AUGGAGGAAGAUAUAAUUCAAGAAGAUAAUGUGAUUAAUAAUAUUCUACCCGGGAUAAGUAAUAUUGAGGAGUCGGAGAUUUGUUUAGUGGAGAAGAAUACUACACAACGAGAGGAAGAAAUGCUUGAGGACUCUAGUUCUAGAGUUAGUCGUAAUAAGAGACCGCGGGAGGAGGAUGAGGAAGAAGAGUGGAUAGCGGUAGGAAGAAAUGGAAAGAGAGUGGGACAGAAGGUUGAUGUGUACAUUAAUAAUUCCGAAAAGCUACCGAAGCAAUUCGCGCUUGCUAAAUUAUUAAGGUCAAAUAACAUUAGUAGUGUUAGCCGGGUAAAAUAUAUAAACCCCUACAAAGUGUUCAUACAGUUUGAAAAUGCAGGAAGUGCUGAGGAGUUGAUCAAUUGCAAACCUUUGCAAGAUUUAGGUUGGAGAUGCCAAAAACCACUUGAAGUUGUUAUAUCUUACGGCGUUAUUAAGAAUGUAGAAUUGGACUUGAGUGAAAAAGACAUGUUAGAAGUUAUUUCAAGCAAUUGUGAACUGAUAGCGGUAAAACGUUUAAAACGCAGGAAUAAGGACGGUAACGGCUGGGAAGAAAGUGAGUCAAUACGUCUGGGGUUCAAGGGUCCCUCACUACCAACGUGUGUCUACAUCUACGGCAUGAAGAUAAAUGUCGACCCGUACGUGUUCCCAGUUACCCAGUGUUCCAGGUGCUGGCGAUUUGGGCACUCCUUGCGUGUUUGUCCAAGCACGCAAGUUGUGUGCCCUAAGUGUGGCAAGGGUCACGCUAACUGUGAGACUACCUCAUAUAAAUGUGUGAAUUGUACAGGAAACCAUUUAUGCCUGGAUAGAUCGUGUCCUGCGUUUAAAAAAGAGAAACGAAUUCGUGAAUUGAUGGCAGAGUUUAACUGCUCUUAUAGGAAGGCGUUGCAAGUAUAUGUUCCGCCAGAACCCGCCCCUACACUGCGCUCAGAACGAUUUAAUUUAACUUCACCGGCAAGCCUUAGUGUGUUUCCCGAGUCUGUACCUGAACACGUACCUAAUCAGUCACAAGACAUAAACGUUAUUUCCUAUGCAAGCGUGACCCGAGCGCCGCGUUGUGAUAGUAUCAUUCGACAAUCACAACCUAAGCAACCGGGCUCUACGAAUGUUUCUCAAUCAUUAGAACAGAGACCCAAGAAGAAAAAGAAUAAGAAAAAGAAACAAAGUCAAAAUGAAGUGUAUAACAGGGAUGUAUCUUCGGAAUCAGAAACAAUGAAUAGUAAUUUAGUCGAUGAGUCGGAAAAUGAAAUUCGGUUGAGAAAUGAGAGAAAAGAGAAAUGCAGAUCUAGUUUAAAUUUGAAGCAAUUGCUUGCAAAAUUAUAUGCAUUAAUUUCUAACUCACAAGAAGAUUUAAAGAGUAGAAUAAUUCAAGGAGUGUCACUAUGCAUUGAAUGGUUGGUAUCGAUGGUAGGGGAAUACAUCUGGGACCUUCCUUUUAAAAAUAUACUCGGUAAGUUAUGGGUAUAA